AUGGCCGAAGCGUUGCUAGCACAUGCCACCAGACUGUCACUCCGCACACAACAAGAUGCCCCUGCAAACGAGGUCUUGAAGUGUCUCAACGAGGCAAUCAGCGACAUUUUCCCGAAUGUGCUAUUCACAAUCUCCAUCUAUGAUGAAGACUCCAAGACAACCUGCCGAGUAUACACCACCCGCCCCGACGUUCAACCUCUUGGGGCACGAAAAGAGGUAACUAGCAGUGCCUGGUCGCAGGAAGUACUUGAGAAAGGAAACCAACUAUACGGGCCGACGAUAGAGCAUCUGAAGAUGUUCUCGGAGUGGCAGUUCCUUGUCUCGAUCGGAUGUGGGUGUGUGCUGAACACGCCGAUACGGGACAAUGCCAAUGGCAAGACUGUUGGCACGUUGAAUAUCCUGGGAGCAGGAAAUGCCUACGAUAAUGCACCUGUUGAGAUGGCUGUGCUUCUGGGACAGCUUGUUGCUGGAGUUCUCCAAGCUUCGAAGGCAGAGGUGCUUUCUAUUCCAUUUGAAGGGAAGAUGGAGACCGUUUAG